CCCACCGAAGGGUACAUUUCAGAGUCAUUAUCGAGCCUUCCUCUUCAAGUGGCUGUGCAUUUGAACAUAUGUCUUGCACCAUUCCUCUUCAUUGCCGAAAUUUGCUGCUUAAUAUUGAAGUACUCAUAUCUGUCAGUAACCUAUAAGGUCAUAUUGAUCGCCGUGCUCCUUGUCUACGUGCUCGUUGAAGUUAUUCGUCUUUUCCUGGCCGUAGUUGGGAAUUUGGGCGAGAAGAUCCCUGCCAUCUCUGGUUUCUGGACGCUGUCGAUGGUAUUACAGCUUCCGAUCGUGCUGUUUCUUCUGCUCAAUCCGGCAGUGGUGCCGGUACCCUUCGAAAUUAUCAUGCUCAGUAUUCAUUUGCUGUUCCUGAUCGUGGAAAUCGUGACCAGCUUUCUCACUAUGAAGGUGAUGUCCGCACAACAAAUCAAACUAUUCAAAGCGAUGAUUGAAGAAAGUGAGAAAUGA